AUGAUAUCUUGUUCACAUGGUAAUAUUUAUCCAUUACCUGAUUCGGUACUUGAUCGAUUUUGCUGUCAAAUUUUACGUGAAAUUCAUGAUAAAAUUCGUUGGUUAAAUCUUGAAUCAUCAUCUAUGGAACGUAUUCUUCUUUCUACAAAUUAUCCUAAUUUAUAUCGACUCGGUUUAUAUAAUCUUGAUAUAGAAAAAGCUAAAGAUUUGUUUACUGAUAAUACUUCUGUAAUUCAUAAAUUCAAAAAUAAGAUUUCAUCACUUGCUAUUCAUAUUACUCGAAGUGGAAAUGAAAUAACAAGAAAAAAUUUGAUUGAACAUAUAUUUAUACAAAUUUUUAUGAUAUUCGACAAAUUACAAUAUUUAGAUUUUGAUUCAGAAUCAAUUCAUUUUCAACAAUUCUUCUUUUUUACUGUUUUACCUCCAACUGUUUUUUCUUCAACUCUAUUAGAAUUACAUGUUAGUUUGAAAAGAUUUAUUGAUUGUCUUUAUUUACUUGAUGGUCGUUUUAAUCAACUUCAUACACUUAAGGUUAACAUUGCUCUUAUUGAACAAAAGUCAAAAAUCAAUAAUAAAGAAAAACUUCCUAAUUUAAGAUACUUCUCGUUACACUGUGAAAAUGAUACAGAUUAUUAUGAUGAAGAAAUUAGACCACUUCUACAUCGAAUGAUGAAUUUAAAAACACUUGAUUUAAAUUUUUUUUCUAAUAGAAAUAAAUUUAUUGAUGGUGAUGAAUUAAAGACAAAUAUUAUUAAUUAUAUGCCACAAUUAAGUAAUUUUACAUUUAAUAUUGUUUCAACUAGCACAGAUUUUGAUCAAUUUGAUUUACGAUCAAAUGAAGAUAUUCAACAAACAUUCAAAUAUUUUAAAGAUUAUCAAAUAAUUUCUUAUGUUGAUUAUUUUGAAAAAACAAAUGAAAGUCAAUGUCAUAUUUAUUCAUAUCCAUAUCGAUUGAAUUAUUAUAAGAAAAUAACAAAUAAUUUUCCAGGUGGAUUAUUUAAAUAUGUUUCUUAUAUAUCAUUACAUGAUGAACGUCCUUUUGAAUAUGAAUUUUUUCUUCGGAUUGCUCAAUCAUUUCCAUUUUUGAAAAGAAUGUGUUUAAUUAAUGAAACAGGACUAAAUAAUAAGCAAUGUAUAAAAUCAAGUAAUCAUCAUGAAAAUUUACCAAUCAUUAAAUAUCCUUGUCUAAUUGAACUUGACUUUUUUCAAGCGCAUGAAGAUUAUAUUGAACAAUUUUUACUUGAUACAAAAACAUAUUUACCAUAUAAUGUGACUGUUUUGAGCAAUUAUCAAUCAAUGAAAAAUGUGACACAUAAUUUUAGAAGAAUGGAAACACAAUUUAAUUGUUCAAAAGUACGUUAUAUACCUACUAGUUAUGUUACUCAACUUCCAAAACAUUUCAAAAACUAUUUUCGUUCUACAUAUAUUCAUAAAUUUUCAUUAUUAUAUCAAUAA